AUGAGUUUUAUAUAUCGGCGAGCUGCAGAGGUGAUCAUUUGGCUUGGGACAAGUGGGCUGCCUGGAAAUUGGGAGUUAGAGGGAGCGAUUCCAUGGAUGGAGAACCGGGCUGCCUCCACGUCUGUUAUGUCCGACAAUCUUCACCGAGAAGAGUGGCAUGUGAUUGUAUAUCUGCUGAAUAAGCUGAUGCACGCUGAUUACUGGAAAAGGACAUGGGUCAUUCAAGAGAUUGAGGAAGCUGUGACAAUUUCUGUGAGAUUUCGCAGGUUCUCCUUGUCGUGGAAUGCCUUUCAUGCUGCGGUCAAGGCUUACAAGGGUCAAUUCCCACGGGCGCAUUAUACGCAGGAGGUCAGCAAGUUCGGUGACCUGAGGAAGGACCGCCUUGCCGGUCAAACAUAUGCGCUCUCAGACCUGUUCAUGUUGUUUCAUGAUACGUUUUGCAAGGUUUCGCAUGACAAGAUAUAUGCAUUCCUGGGGAUGUCAUCGGAUGAUUCGGCAGAUCUUAUUACAGUCGACUAUGAGAAACCUCUCUCACAGCUAUACGCCGGUGUUGUGCGAUUCCUUGCGACCUCAUCAUUUGAGAGAGAGGUCAAGCAGUUUGGCCUUGUCCACAUGAGCGCUCUAGUACGCCAGGUGUUGACAAGAAGAGCAGUAGAGGCCGAGAUAAAACAUCUAGUGCCGGUUUUAAGCCUCGAGAAAAAGAAGAAUACAUGGAUGUACCGCGAAGAGCUGCACAAAACAGCUCAUUGGUCCCAUUCGCUGCCAGAACAGAUACAGAUUUGGACAGAUCACAGCCAGUCAAUAACGGUUGAGGCCAAAGGCUCCAUGAAAGGCCGGAUCAAAUCAUUUGGGCCUACUAUUGACGAAUUUCUAGGAUCGGUCCCGGCAAGCAAGGCUUGGAAGAUAGACAUAAUGCGGGCUUUUGAAGAGGAGUCUAGAACGAGAUUGUCGGCCUUGUACGAGAGCCUACAUGAUCUUGUUAGUCGACACGGUACUUUCGCAUCACUUCAAUCGACAGCAAGUUUCAAGGUUACAAACGCAUCGGCAGAGGGCGACACGCCAGGGCCGGCAAGACUGUUCGUUGGCUCAGAAGAAUUGUUGGGGAUUGCAUCACCCAAAGCAAGGAUCGAUGACCAUAUCGUACAAUUUCAAGACUCUCAGUCCAUGGCCGUGGUGCGGCCUACCGAAGAUUGGGUAACAGUACAUGAAGUCGAAAUCGUUGGUCGUUGCAGUAUUGUCCAUGGAGGUUACAGCCAGGAGUGGUACACACCUCGAGAACGAGACAUGUUUCCUGAUUAUGGGCUUGCCCCACCGGUGAAGGUCAAGAUGGAUCUCGAUACUUUGACCAGUUUGACUCUUGACUCUCUGGUUCUUGAUUGA